AUGUCGACAUGCAAAGCCGUUGCCCAGAGAUGGCCUCGAUAUCUCCACCGACACAUCUCAUUCGUCGCACCUAGCCCCUCAAUCCGGCCAGUGCUUCGACGCUGUCGCAUGAGCAAGCAGCCGUCCCUUCUCCGUUCAUACGCUUCGAUCUCCGCCACGGAGCUUAAAUUCGGGCAACCGCUUCACGAGACGCAUCCUCAUUUAUUGAAUCCUGGAGAACUGACUCCUGGUAUCACGGCUCUCGAAUACGCCCAACGUCGCUCCCGCCUUGCGAACAAGCUUCCUAAGAAUGCAAUUGCCGUGUUAGCUGCCUCGGAAGUUACUUACCGCGCUACUGGCAUCUUCAACAAUUAUCGCCAGGAUUCCAAUUUCUUCUACCUUACCGGCUUCAAUGAACCCAAUGCGCUAGCUAUCAUCGCGAAUGAUGGAUCUGGGGACAAUCACAUAUUCCACCUCUAUGUGCGUGAAAAGGAUCGGAAGGCUGAGCUCUGGGAUGGAGCGCGUUCCGGCACACAGGCGGCGAUUGACGUCUUCAACGCGGAUGAGACGGGUGAUAUUGAUCGCAUUGGGGAUAUUCUCCCAACGAUUCUUUCGGGGGCCACAGAGAUCUACACAGAUAUUCCCACCUUUAACCCCGGGAGAUCCUCCUUGCAUCGUUUCUUAUACGGCCCCACCAAUGCAUCCGAGAAGCUGAAGAAGAUGGUCGAUUAUCGCAAAGUCAAGCCCUUGCGUAACAUCUUAAACGAGAUGCGAGUGUUCAAAAGUGAGGAUGAGGUCGUCCAAUUACGCAGAGUUGGGCAGGCAUCGGGGCGAGCCUUUACGGAAACCAUGAGGCAGGCCUUUACAAAAGAGAAGGACCUGAAUUCCUUCCUGGAGUACAAUUUCAAAGUGAACGGGUGCGAUGGAAGUGCUUUUGUCCCGGUCGUUGCAGGCGGCUCCAACGCUCUGAGUAUUCACUAUACGAGAAAUGACGAUGUCUUGAGGAAUGGUGACAUGGUUCUUGUCGACGGGGGCGGGGAAUGGGGCACGUACAUAUCCGAUAUCACUCGAACUUGGCCGGUUAAUGGCAAGUUCUCCGACCCUCAGCGCGACCUAUACAAUGCAGUGUUGAAUGUGCACCGCAGUUGCGUCUCACUCUGCAGAGAGAGCGCCGGACUUUCGUUGGACAAAUUGCACAGUAUUGCUGAGAACGGUCUAAAGGAUCAGUUGCAGCAACUCGGAUUUGAUGUUUCAGGCAGUGCAAUGGGCAUGCUUUUCCCUCAUCAUCUGGGACACUACAUUGGGUUAGAUGUUCAUGAUUGUUCCGGAUAUCCUCGGAGCCAGAAUCUCAAAGCAGGCCAGUGCAUCACCAUCGAACCUGGAAUAUACGUUCCGGACAGUGAUAGAUGGCCAGAGAAGUUCCGAGGCAUCGGGAUCCGUAUCGAAGACAGUGUUUGCGUUGGUGAUGAUAACCCGAUUGUCUUGACCACAGAGGCAGUGAAAGAGGUUGAUGAUAUCGAGGCGCUUCGGGACUAG